AUGUCCUUCAAGGUCAUAGUGCGCGUCGGCGUGCCGCUGGUCCUCGGAUCCGCGGGCUACGCUGCCUCGCGCAUCGACUGGAAAACGGCCGUUCGCACGUUUCUCACCGGCCCCGGGCGGACGUCGCGCGUCCUGCUGCUCGUCUUUGUCCUCUUCAACAUGAAGAAUAUGCCCUUUGUAUGGACAUACCGCAUCUUUUACCCCAUCAUCCACCACAACGUCAUUCGUCCGGCGCCCGAGCUCGGCCCCCGCGCGCUCUACCGCCACAUCAUCACGCGCACCCGCGCGCCGCUCCUCGAGAUUGACUACAACCUGCACAAGUCCAACUCGACCUACUUUGCCGACCUCGACUCGUCCCGCACGCAGCUCGUCUCGUACCUCUGCCGCGCCGGCCUCGCCAAGCUCUCGUCCAACCCGCGCCUCCAGAUCGUGCUCGACCCUACGACGGGCCGCGCCGCCGCCGGCACCCUCGGCAUCAUGCUCGGCUCCGUCUCGUGCAGCUUCAAGCGCGAGAUUGGCGCCUACCGCUCCUACGAGAUGUGGAGCCGCAUCCUCUGCUGGGACCGCAAGUGGGCGUACAUUGUCACGCACUUCGUGCCCACGGGCGUCGCUAGGCCGACUGAGUGGCUGGAUCCGGGCUUUGCGGGCUAUCGCGUGCGCCGCGGCACCGACGCCUCGGGCGGCUGGGAGACCAAGAUCCACGCCACGGCCAUUAGCAAGUACGUCUUCAAGCUCGGCCGUCUGACGGUCCAUCCGGCCGUCGUAUUUGAGGCGAGCGGGCUGCUGCCGCCGCGUCCCGGCGGCUGGGUGAGUGGCGAGAACCAGCUCGGCGACGAGUCGGUGGAUCUGAGCCGCGUUGAUCUCGAGGCCGACGGCGAGUGGACGUGGCAGCGCGUCGAGGCGUCGCGGCGCCAGGGCAUGGAGACGGCGCAUCACGUUCAGGAGCUCGAGUCGCUGCAUGAUACCUUUGACGGCGGCACCAACGGUGCCAUUGCUGUGUACUAA